AAUACCUGUCCCCUUUCUCCGUUCAAGCAGCGAAACUCACCCGAACCCCUCAAUCUUUACUCUAUAUAUUCUCACGUUUUCCAAGGAACGAGAAAAGCUUAAACGAUUCGAAAAGCACAAGAAUAUCAAUGGCAGCAAACACGGACAGGAAUUCCAAGCCUUCAGUGUACCUCCAAGAACCGAAUGAGGUCCAAGGUGUAUUCAACCGCUUCGACGCCAACGGCGACGGCAAGAUAUCCGGGGAUGAGCUAGCCUGCGCGCUUAAGGCGCUGGGAUCCAACACUUCUAAAGAGGAGAUCGCCCGCAUGAUGGAGGAGAUCGACACCGACAAGGACGGUUUCAUCAAUGUCCAGGAGUUCGCCGCCUUCGUCAAGGCCGAGACAGACCCCUACCCCUCCUCCGGCGGCGAGAACGAGCUUAAGGAGGCGUUCGAGCUCUACGACCAGGAUCAUAAUGGAUUGAUCUCAUCCGUCGAGCUCCACAAGAUCCUAACGCGCCUCGGUGAGCGGUACGCCGAACAUGACUGCGUUGAGAUGAUUAAAUCUGUUGAUUCUGAUGGAGAUGGUUACGUUAGCUUUGAGGAAUUCAAGAAAAUGAUGACGAACAAAAGCGGCAAUAACAGCCAAGCGGAGCCACCGAAAUAGACAGCGGUGUGGCGCACUGGGAUUUUGUUGUGUGCUUCUUCCUGGUAUAUCGCCUUUUCCGAUUUUAGGGCAAAAUUCCAUGAUAUUGAUGAUUUAGGGUUAAUUUUGAUUUAUGUUUUUAAAUUUUACUCUAAUGUAAUGACAGUGCCAUUUUAUUGACUUAACUGUUUGUGGAUAUUGCGUUGAAUUGGCAUGAUAACAUUUGAUUAUCAGAAAA